GGAAGUUUUCCAAGUCUAUGAUCCUUCAAAUACUGGCAGCUUGACAAUAAGUGAUUAAUUUUUAGAAAAGUUAUUAAGGUGUUAGGUUUUAAAGUGACUAAGAAAUGACUACAGGAGCUAAUGAGGGAAGAAGAGAUAGGAAAGGAAGGAUUGAUAACUUAUACUAAUCUAUUGCAGCUAGUCUGUAAAUUACAGGGAGCUGCUUAUGAUAGCUAUGGAGAAAUAGAACAAGCUUUUCAGUUUUUAGACAAUGAUUGUGAUGGUAAAUUAUCUGCCAAAGAUUUGCAAGCUAUUUCAAAGAGUUAUGGAUUAAAAUUGUCUCCAGAUGAUGUUGAUGGUAUGAUUACUGAAGCCAAUAGAGAUGGAACUGGUUUAACAACAUUACAAGAAUUUAUUGAAGUUAUGCAAAGAACACCAUUAUUCAAUUAGCAUGUGUAAAUUGUGUAUAA